UAUUAUGAAAGCUUUAUAGUGAACGUCUGGCCAGGACACAUGUCCGGAAUGCAAAAUGGUAUCAGCAUGGGGUUUCUGAGGAGACAUAACGGCUCAAUAAUUGAUAUGAAAAAUUGAACUGAUAUCGAUUCUUCGCAAGAAAAGUGGUGGUUGAGUCUGAUCGCUUAAUAGAAAUUCAUAUUUAGGUCAGUUUAGCGCCAUCAUUCAACAACUUCAGUUGGAAAUUUGCUCGAUAUAAAAUUCAAGUGCUUUACGGUUUUUAAUUUUACUUCGGGAAAGAGAAUUUUUGGGUUAUUAAUUUUUUUUUUUAAUUUUUGAAGACAAUUUUUAAGUUCACCUUCCGGGAAUGGUUCCAAUGGAUCCGAUGGGGCCAGCAGUCAAUAAUGGAGGGAAUCCCCAAUUCAGUGUCCCGAGAGAUGACGAGUACAGAAAAAGGAUUAUUGCCACGAUUGGACUUGGGGCUGAAGAUGACGGUGGUAAUGGCGAAGGCUCAACUUGUGGAAGGAUCCUAAUUCUUUUAUCAUGGGUACUUGUGAUUGUUACGAUGCCCUUCAGCCUCCUGGUUUGCUUCAAGGUAGUACAGGAGUAUGAGAGAGCAGUUAUUUUUCGCCUGGGACGUCUCAUGCAGGGUGGGGCUAAAGGGCCAGGCAUCUUUUUCAUCCUACCAUGCAUCGAUGCCUAUGCUAGGGUUGACUUGAGGACACGAACGUAUGACGUACCACCACAGGAGGUACUUACUAAGGAUAGUGUUACUGUAUCUGUGGAUGCUGUUGUCUAUUAUCGAGUCUCAAAUGCCACAGUAUCAAUCGCAAAUGUUGAGAAUGCUCACCAUUCUACAAGGCUCUUAGCUCAAACAACUCUCCGGAACACCAUGGGUACGAGACAUCUACAUGAAAUCUUGAGCGAACGAAUGACAAUAUCAGGAACGAUGCAGUCUUCUCUAGACGAAGCCACAGAUGCUUGGGGAAUUAAAGUGGAACGUGUUGAAAUAAAGGAUGUCCGUCUGCCUAUUCAGUUGCAACGUGCGAUGGCAGCAGAAGCUGAAGCAGCCAGGGAAGCUCGUGCCAAAGUUAUUGCUGCUGAAGGAGAACAGAAGGCGUCAAGAGCCCUCAGGGAAGCAUCAGAGGUCAUCGGAGAUUCACCAGCGGCCCUCACUUUGCGUUACUUGCAGACACUUAACACAAUUUCUGCCGAAAAGAACUCAACCAUUGUGUUCCCGAUUCCCAUUGAUUUAUUCAGGACACUAAUGCCAAACAAUCAGGCCCCUAUAAAGCAUCCCGAGAUGUCCCUCUAAACACUUCAAGCAAUCACCAGGAUCUCCUCCCAAAUGAGAUCACAAAGACUUUUCCUCAAGUAAUUUGCAAAGGAAUUUUCUCGAUGUGUGUAAUUCAAACGGUUUCUUGAACCUUCAAAUCUACGUGAGAAGAACAAAAUUAAAUAGUUCUUAAGAAAUUAUCUUUAGAUGUUGUUAACGUCUCUUUACACAAUUAUCAACGCAAAAGGAAUUAUGCAUGUAAUUUUAUACUUCGCCAAGGAAGUGUUUUAAAAAAAGAAGAUUUUAAACAAAAAGUCUAAAUGCAAAAACUGUUGAUGCAACAGAUAACGAAACAAUGAAUUAAAAAAGAAUAACUUAAAAUAGGUAAAAAAAAAAUAUAAGAAUAAAAACCAAACAUUAACAAAAUUACGCUUAAAGACGUGGUAAAGAACAUGAAAGAAAAAAACUCACUGAAUAAACAAAAUGGUUCUAUUUACAAUGACUAAUUAAAAUUAUAAUAAAAAAAAUUGAUAAAUAAACUAAGGAGAUUUUAUAUUAUUAAGUAAAUAAAUGAGAAAGUUUGGGUGUUUUUAUCAAAAUUAUUAAUAUGAAAUAAUUAUUCACGAAUAUUAUUGUGACAUUGCACGAUAUAUUGUUAAUGAUUGAAGAACAUUUCGAAAGGUUCUUAGUGUCUUUUAUCUCUCUUAAGUGUCAUUGAUUUCAUAUUAGCAAUGUAUGGAAAAAAAAUCAAAGGAAUAAAAAAGUAUAAAAAAGAAAUUAUUAAUUGAUAUGCUCUGUGAACGUAAAAUUAUAUGGGGGGAAAGCAAUCAGGAUUUUAACUUCAAAAAUUUAUAAUGAUUCGUUAUUCUUUAAAACAGGACAUAUGAAAAUGAAAAUUUUUUUCGAAGAGAUAUUAUUAUAAUAAAAAGAUCUUUUAAUUUAAUACACUAACAAUAAAAAAAAUUGUAAUACAAAAUUGCAGUAGAUAUCGGUUAUCGAGUAAAAGCUUAUGUGAUAUAGGCUAUCUUGAAUCUUGAUUGAUCCAAAAAAUUAAAAUUUUGAUUUCACUUAUUUAUUAACUUAUUUAUUAGAUUGAUAAAAAAUAUGAUAUGGAACCCAAUUUGAUUAUGAGGCCAAAAUUGCCAAAUAAAAAAAAAAUUCCUUGUAUAAUCUUUGAUCAGUCCCAAUAAGGUAAAGUUUUACAUCCCACAGAAAUUAAUGUUUACAAGAAAAUCUCAUCUCAUAAAAAGUUUUAGAUUAAACGUUUUUCAGUGUAUUUUGAUCCAAUGUAAACACAACCCUUUCCUCCGCAAUGCGAUUGGGUUAUGUAAAAAUAAAUUACAGACUUUGGUAACAGAAACUUUACAUUUUAUCGAUAUUAUUGUAUUUGUGGUGAAAAGGGGAUUGGCAUACACUCCUCUAUUUCUGCCAAACACAUUGUCAGAAUUAAUAAAAUAAUCGGAAAAAGCAUUAAAAAAAAACAAA